AUGGAGUCACAAUUGCCGCCCAAAAACGAAAAAGAAACAGACAUGGCAGUUCUCUUUACAUUCCCUAAGUUCUCCGCCUCUUCUUCCUUUGUUUUGGCGGUGUUAUUGUUUUGCAUCAGUAGUGCUACAAUUACUGAAGGAAAACUCAACAUCGGCAAGAAACUCACCAGAGGCCUUGUUGCUGAAGUCUGCAUACAAACCCGAAAUCCUAACUUCUGCUUAGACAUGCUUGAAAACGAUCCUCGUACUGAAUAUUUUGAUCUUUUUGGUCUUGCUAGCAUCGCGCUUAACCAUGCAUUCGUUAGUGCUACUGAUGCCCAAACCUAUAACAGGAAUUUGUUUGACAGUGCUCCUCCUGAACUAAAGCGUCGUUACCAAAUGUGUGAUCUUCUUUAUCAAGUUAUUCUUGACGAUCUUAGGUUUGCUGGAGAAGAGCUUGAUGACGGAAAAUAUGGAACAGCAAAAGGACAUGCAAAUGAUAUUGGGGUACGAGUUGAUCAUUGCGAAAACGUCUUCACAGAUGAGCCAAAAAUGCAGUCACCAUUGGCAGAAAAGAACCAAAACUUGGGUGAUAUUACUGACAUCUUAGUCUGCGCGAUAAACCGUAUUCUUUGA